AACUUCAGUAAGCUCAUUACGACAAAUCUCGACAUUUCAUAUUUUGUUGACAGAAGAAGUUACUUUUGUGGCUGUGGCUGGACAAAACUUUGAAUUUCUCUCCUAAAUCAUUUGAAAUUAAAAGAAAAAAUCGUUUGAAACGAAUGAUGCCCUACGUCCUAUGAAAUUGUGCAAAUUCUCCAACUAAGUCAAGCUAACGAUAACAAACUUUGAAACUUUAAGAUGAACACCGUCGAAAAAGCUGCUUUGCUUAGAAAUCGAGAUGCCAUUGUUCAAAGUGUGGAUUUCACUUAUGUUAGAGAAAAACUUGUGGCUUAUGGUGUAUUAACCGUCCAUCAAGCUGAGGAUGUCAACUGUGAGAAAACAAAGACUGCCAAAGUGCGUAGAUUGUUGGAUCUCCUUACUGAAAUAGGGCAGAAAGACACCUUUAAGACUUUUGUCAAAAUUUUAGAAUUUGACUAUGAUUGGAUAGCUGACAAGUUAAAUGAAUGUAAUAAUCGAGAUAGUCCGGAUGCAGCAAGCCAUCUUAAUAGUGAUCCGCUUCUAGCUGCAGACAACUUGCAACAUUUACUGAUUCAAUGUGGAAUCCCUUUUCCACCACCACAUCUCAUUUCUCGUCAUGUCAAAGUUGCUCAAAUCAGAGAAUGUCUACAAGGAAUGGAUCAAGGUCAGUUUGUGGUAAUUCAUGGUAUGGCUGGAGCUGGCAAAUCUGUCUUGGCUGCUGAAUCUAUUCGAGAUAUCGAUCUCCUGGUUAAUACUUUUGAGAACAAUGUCUACUGGUUGACUAUUGGACAAACAGGCACUGAUACUUUAUUGACAAAGAUGCAGGCAUUGUGCGAAAGACUUGAUCAUACAGUCUUACCACCGUUGAGCGUUGACCAAGCUACCGAAAGGCUUCGUCGCCUUAUGACUGACCCUAGUCGGAAAAAAAGUCUGAUAAUUUUAGAUGAUGUUUGGAGAGGCGAAGUAGUCCGAGCGUUUGAUUUUGGAUGCCGAAUAUUGAUGACCACUCGGGACGCUUCCGUAACUGAAGUUGUUAAUGGGCGUGAUCUGCUGGUGAAAGUUCAAGACGGUUUCACUCAAGAGGAGUCGUUGUGUUAUUUGGCCAAUUGUCUUAAUAUUUCGGAACAAGAUUUGCCAGAACAGGCAGAUCAAAUUUAUUCAGAAAGCAAAGGUUCUCCAAUGGUGCUUUCAUUGUUAGCUCCACUUUUAGCAGAACGCGGAGAUCGCCAGCGCAUCGACGUUCACAGAUGGGAUCAUUAUUUGGGAAAACUGCGUGAUAGGAAAUACACACAAAUACGGCGCCAUGGUUCGUACAAUUACGAAACCAUAAACGAGGCAAUCUCCAUCAGCUUUGAUCACUUGGAUGAAGACACAAGACACUCGUUGAAGGAUUUUGUUAUUUUCCUAGAUGACGUUAAUAUUCCAGCUCCAGUGCUGCAAAUUCUUUGGAAAUGUAGUCGAUAUGAAAUGGAGGAAAGAAUCAGUCUUUUAGUGGCUAAUUCGCUGGUAGCGCAACACUUCCAAGAACACUCAUCGAAUUGUAUAGUUUUAUACGGCAUUCAUGAUCUUCUUUUGGACUACCUGAAAUCACACAUGAGUGCCGAGGAACAGCGUAAUGCACAUCGCAAGCUUGUUGAUUCGUAUUUCGCCGAGUGCAAGGACAACUUCGGUGAAUUACCAGAUGAUAACUAUAUCUUCUGGUUUUUGGGAUACCAUUUAUACAAGGCCGAGUAUACCGAGUUUUUCCCUCGCGUCUACCUCAAUCUUUCAUUCGUAUCUGCCAAAUUGCGUGCAACCGGACCCAGUGAUUUGCUAAACGACUUCCGCAAAUACAAAGACUACAUAUCAGAGAUUAGUGGAAGAAAUAGUCAACGAGUAGAAGACUACAUGCAUUUUAUUCGGACGUGUGGGCAUAUAGUAGUGCAUUGCCGUCAUUUAGAUAUCGUUCAACUUGCCCUUCAACAACCAAAAAACAGCAGCGUCUAUAACGAUGCUCUAGAAUUGGCCAAAAAGGCUAAAGAAAAAUUCUACCUAGAAUGUCGAUCGGUUGGGAGUCAAACAAAAGAAAGCAUGGAUCAAGUUCUUCGCAGCACAAUCUUAAAUUACGGGCAUGUCACUGCAGCUUGCUUCACACAGGAUGGCCAACGUUUGCUUAGCGCUGUCGACGAUGGACAAAUUCGCAUGUGGGACGUUGAUUCUGGAAAGGAACUCCACCGUUUCAUUGGACACAGCGGCAGCAUUCACCAGCUGUCUCUGAGCAAAGAUGCUAAACGUUUCGUCUCGUCGUCGGCUGACGGAUCGGUGAAGGUCUGGGAUCUCUCGGCUGUCAUCGGCAAACUGGACGGUACUCCACUUGACCAUCCAUCUUCAACACAUUUUCACCCUCCACGCACAGUAGUCAUGGGUUUUCAUGCGGUGGUUGCUGGUGAGAUCGAACAUCGUCCAAACAAAACCCCUUCACCGCGAAUGCGCCAAGACAGCUGGCAUAAUAUGUUCGAUGUCAGUGACCGUGUCAUAACAGAUAAUAGUUUGACGACAUACACUGGGCACACUAAUGAGGUUUUGGGUGCGAGGUUCUCCGAGAACGGCGCGCAAGUAGUUUCUUGCGGUCUAGAUAACACGGCUCGUAUUUGGCUUAGUACUGCCUGUAUGGAACUUGGGGUAUUAGAACAUCCCGAGCCGGUCACCACCUGUUGCUUUUCGGAAUGUGGGGUUUAUGUUGCUACGGGAUGCACCGAUUCGAGUAUUCGCAUUUGGAAUGGAGAAAUAUCCCUCUAUACCUGCGUAGCCUUUUUUCCGAGGCAGGAUUCUAGCCCCAGAAUUCUCUUCAUUUCAUUUUUAUCAAAAACCUCACUUCUUUCAGUUUCGGAUAAUGAAAUUUUGCAGUUCGAAUGGACCCUUUCUUCUGACAAAGAAAGAGAAAGUGAUACUCCAUUUCCAAAAUCGAUUGCUAAGGCCAGUAGCAGUUGGUGUUACAACUGCGCCACCGUGACUGAUAACAAACAACUCUUAGCGGUAACCACUUCAAAGGAUAACAUCCUCCUUUACAACAUCGAUUCGGCUGAACAGAUCUUCGAAUAUGUCGGUCACUCUGGAACCAUCAACACUUUACAUUUCUCUCCCAGUGAAAGUAGCGAUGAUCCCCCGAAAUGGCUGCUCUCUGGCUCGAUUGACAAAACUUUAAAAGUAUGGAAUGUUACCGAUGUAGAACGAGUAGACCAGUGCUCCUUGUCGUGUUCUGCGUUCCAUGCUGUUUGUCCUCCGGAUCAAUCUAGCAAUUUUCUGAUUGCAACGGUUGGAUCAGAUAAUCACAUCCAGGUUGUCAGCGGAUCGAAUUGUGAGACAUUACUAACUACGAAUGACGUCGAAUCGGGAUCUGAUCAGGUUGAAAUAUGUGUAUUAUCGCACCAAGCCUCUAUGAUGGCGUGGUCAACUGUGAGUGGCCUAGUAAAACUAAUGUCACUGGACCGAAGCGAAGUUAAAACUCUCGGCCAUCACUCAGACGCAAAAGUGACAUUGCUAAAGUUCAGCCCCUCAGAUGUUUUGCUGUUGACAGUCAGCUCUGAAGGGUGCAUCAAGAUCUGGAAGCCAAGAAGCGAAACUGUCACUAUUAGUGGUCCUCGGAAAGGUGUCAUUGAUUGUUUUUUCGUUGAACCAGAAGAGACCACGAUCAUAGUAUGUGGAGCCGAUGGAAGUAUCAGACUAUGGGAUGUUAAGACUGGUUAUCCAAAACAUUUAAUCAUGGAGGAUUAUCGGUUGAGUUUGACCUGCGUCGACCGUGCUUCCAAUCGACAGUGGUUGGCACAAGGAACUACCACUCAAGGAGUCCAGAUUGUUCAGAUUCCGUCUGUUUCAGAACUCAGUUUUAGCAGUUCUCCUAGACAGAGUACGACGUUCCGAAAGCCGUUUUGGUUAGGACAUCAACUUAGCCCAGUACGAGUGUGCCGAUUCGCCAGUCAUGUUGAAUUAAUAGCCGUUGGCUACGACACUGGCAUCAUAGAGGUUUUCGAUUACUUGCGAAACACAUUGAAAGCAACACUGGAGGCUCAUCAGUCUUGGGUUCGUGAUCUGCAGUUUUGUCAGAAUUCGCCCUUCUUCCAAUUAGUUUCCUUGGGUGACCGAAUUGCGUGGUGGAAUAUAAGUUCAGCUCACUCCGGGACGAUCGCCCAGAAUUUGCAUUCCAACGGGAGCAGCCAUUUGGCCGGCGGUAUGGGCUUUCCACUAACACCCAUAACACCAGGCUCCUCUUCUUCCAUCUCUUCUUCGUCACGUUUCGCCGACGCAAGUAUCACGCCAUCCUCACAGUUUUACGGGUUGGUCCAGACGGUCGAAUUUCAGACCAGAGGACGUUAUGCUUCCAAACUUUUUGUUUCGGGCGACGGUCGUGCCCUCGUCACCGUUUCCGACUCUGGGAUCUUGUACAUUCUUCAUCAAUUGCCUCAUCACUGAUAUUAUUAGAGUAAUUUAGCGCGCUCAAAUCUUCAAAGAAGUCAUCCCGAAUUUCAUUAAAAAUCGUUUAUUGUUACAACUUACAACACUUAUCCGAUGAAUUCCGAUUUUUCCGAUGUCGCGUUUGCAAAAUAAUAAUUGAAUGGCACUAGGCAGCGACGUUGUUCGCACAACGUGAAUGAAUCAAUGACAGAGUAAUGUGCUGAUGAUGCAAUAAUGGAACUAACGAUAAGAGGGGAGAGUGAAGACGAGAUGAUACUGCUUGCGGACUCGUGCCCCCAAGGUUCGCCUCCGAGAUUUCUCCUUGCCGCAGUCAUGCCAACUGCCAGUAGGUGACUCGUAAGACACUUGUGUCGCAAUUUAAUCAAACCUAAUUUUUUUUUGUAAUAGAAGAAAAAAUUAAAGGGUUGUGUGAAUCUCUUAAUACUAACAA